AUGACGCGCUCCUAUCACCAGUCAGUAUUUGGCGAACCUGGUCGCCCGCCAGGCCUGCCCGUGUUAUUCCUGCGCUCAAGGCUACGACGGAAUCUCUACGAGAGAUUCUACCCGCAGGACCGGAACUGUCUCGAGUGCGCUCAGACGCCGUCCCCUGACAAAGACUGCUUGCACCACAUAUCGUCGGAGGAAAUCCAGGUGCGAUGGCCAGCGUCCCCCUUUACUCGUUUUGCCGCCCUCAAAACCAAGCAUGAGGGACUGGUGCGUCGCGUCACCCUUUUUGAAGAACUCUUCGGUCUGCUGUUAAUGCGUUCCGAGGCCGAGACCGUCGAAAUCAUCGGCCGUAUGCGCACCGUCAAUACUGAAACGGAUUCCGAAGAUCGCGUUAAAUUCAUCAAGAACGCCGACUUGUUGAUGCAACUGGCCUCGGCCUAA